AACUACUACAGCUACAACAACAACUGCAUCACUACAACAACAACAAUCACACCAUCAAGAACAACACGCACAGCAGCACACGCAAAUAUAAGCGGAAUAUUUACGGAACAGUAGUUGGUUUUCUUUUCAGUUGCGACGUUGGGCUCAACGCAAGCCGUGACUGCAUUUUCCAGCAGCAGCGUCCACGCCUACAGAUCCAACAACAAAAGCCAACAGCAAGAAAUAAAACACAAUGGCGGCGUUUAUUGCGAAACAGAUGGUUGGAAACCAAUUAAGUGCCGUUAAAGAUGCUGCAGGCGGAGGCGAUGGCGGAGAUGAUGGUGACGAUAAGGAAAAGGCAGAGGAGGAGGAGAGGGAGCGUCAGGAGGCCAUACGCGAGGCCGAGGAGCGGCGCAAGGAAAAACACCGCAAAAUGGAAGAGGAGCGUGAGAAAAUGAGACAGGACAUACGCGAUAAGUACAAUAUCAAGAAAAAGGAAGAAAUUGUGGAGGCUGCGCCACAGGAGGAGCCCAAUCCGCUAAUGCGGAAAAAAAAGACGCCCGAAGAGCUGGCCGCCGAGGCUGAGCAGGAGGAGCUCGACGACUUUACAAAACUGAAAAAUCAAAUAGAAACGCAAGUAAAUGAGCUAAAAACUCAAAUAGAGGGAAAAUGUGUCAUGCAGUGAUAUGUCAGUCAUCAUAAAAGAUAUAUAUUAAAAUAAUAAUACAAGAGUAACUCGAAUAAUAACUGAAAGAGUCAAAACGAAACAUUUCUAAAAUGCAAUUGAUUUCAUACACUUGAAUUUGUUGAUAUAAAGUUUAAAAAUAAUAUAAAUAUUAUGUUCCAAAUACGUUCUGCAUAAUAUUGAAAUAAUCUACUUAUUUAACAUAUACAUAUAUAUAUAAACACGAACUCACAAAUCGGCAGCAAUAAUCAAGCAAAACUCUAAAACGCCGCAAAAAAUGGAUAUAUGUAUAUAUACAUAUAUCUAGAAAUAAAAACAUAAACAACAAAUAAUACAAAU